UGUGUCUCCGAUCACAUUUUUUUAAUGUAACGUCUUCAGUUCUUAUCGGGAAGAUAUAAAUAAUUGUCAUUGAUAAUAUUGUCAGUUGUGUUAAGUGCAUGCAAUAUGGAAGAUGACGCUGGAUUAUUUACUGGAACAAAAACGCAGCUACUCGCUGCAACUUUUGGAACACUCUUCGCCAUAUCGGAUGGUAUGUCUUACGGAUGGACUGCUCCCAUGAUACCUUACCUCAUAAGCAAAAACAGUCACAUUAAGACUACAAAAUUCGAAGCAGAAUGGUUGGAAUCAUGUCUGAUGAUCGGGUCAUUCCUAGGUCUCCCAUUCACUAUAUACCUAGUAGAUAAAAUAGGACGGAAACGAUCAUUAUUACUUGCAGCCGUACUAUCACUAGUAUCAUGGAUCGUUAUAGCUUCUUGCCAGAGCAUGGUGUGGCUAUUCAUCGCGAGGUUUACAUUCGGAGUGACAGCUAAUACGUCAUUCGUUGCUGCGCCGAUGUACGUAGCAGAAAUAGCCGAUCACAAAAUAAGAGGGUUUCUUUCCAGCAUAAUUUAUUUAAACAUGCUUUUCGGAUUAAUAAUAGUGUAUAGCGUAGGUCCAUUUCUUCCAUUUUAUGUAUCACCAAUAAUAGGAAUCUUAGUUCUAUUAUCUGAAUUAAUAGUAUUUCCAUUUAUGCCGGAAACUCCUUAUUAUUUACUAAGUAAAGGAAAGCAUGCGGAAGCUAAAAAGUCUUUACAGUAUUUUAGACCUAAUACAGAUAUUAGCAUUGAGCUGAAGGAUAUUACCAAAGCAGUUAUUCGUCAAAAGACUGAAACUAGUAGGUUCCAGGAUCUGUUUUUAGUAAAAGGAAACAGAAAAGCUAUAAUUAUUAUGGCUAUUUUAGACGCCGGACAGCAUUUAUGCGCGUUGAGUGUAAUUUUGAUGAAUCUUCAUAGUAUUCUAGAAGCUGCUGGUUCCAUCUAUAUUGAUUCAUCUAAAGCUGCUAUAAUUUUCGGUGUAAUAAUGUUCGUUGCAGCCUGCGUUUCUUCAGUAAAGGUAGACCAGUAUGGAAGAAGAGCUCUACUAAUAAUAUCAUUAAUACUGACAGGACUAUGUUUGGGUACUUUAGCUCUAUACUUCAAUUUAAAAUUAAGUGGGUAUAAUGUACAAGCUGUGAGCUGGAUUCCAAUUGUAGCUGUUAUGUUCUAUGCAGCCUGCUUCAAAAUAGGUAUAGGCAUAGUACCGAUAGUUCUGACAGCAGAAAUAUUCUCUACAAAUAUGAAAGCACUAGGUAUGGCUACGUCAGAUCUCAUGUACGUAGUCGGAUCGAUUAUUAGUCUUCAAAUUUACCAAUGGUUGGCGUAUUCUUACGGAUUGCAUCUUCCUUUCUAUCUUUUUGCUGCUUCUAGUUUUGUGAUAGCACUGUUCACGUACUUGUACAUUCCGGAGACGAAGGGCAAGACUUUGGAGGAAAUACAGUAUUUGUUGAAAGGCGAGGUGCCCAAGACGAGUUCCUUGCUUAACUUGAUUUCUAGUAAAUCAUACAAUACAUUUUUGACGAAUAGUAUUACAAAUUAAAUAGGACUUUUUAAUUUAUGUGUUAAUUUUAGUAUUUGACGUUGUAAAAUUUAUUUUUUUUUUAUAUAAAUAUACGAAAAUUAAAAUUUAUAAAAAAGGUUAAUUUGUUAAUUGUAGUAUAUAGGUGAAAUACAAGAAAGUUGUCACAUUGUCGAUAUUUGUAUAAAAUAAAAUGUUUUCAAUAUUUUAUAAAUGUCAAAAGGCCUAAAAUUAAGUAAAAAUCAAAUCAUGUCUUAAAAUACUUGUUGGAACAAAAUAUACAUGAUGGAGUUUGGUUGAAAUACUUACUGUACUAUUUCUACUACAGUAGUUAUAUAUAAAGGGUAAUUUUUAGAAAAUUUCCUAUCCCAUUUAGCAAUUUAAAGUGGAGUGAACUUGUUAUUUAUCCACUUCCUCAUCGUUUGUUUUACAAACAAUUGCAACAAACAAAAAAUAUUUAUUGUGAUUGUACAUAACAAAAUGUGUAUUUAUUUAAUUGACCAAAGUACUAUCUCUUUAGUACGUUGUUGUAUUAUUUAUGAUGAAAAUAGAAACUUGUUUAUUUAUAAAUUGUUUU